GAUGCAAGUAAUCAGGAAGUGGCCGUUGUUUGUUUUGUAAUGUUGGUUCGUGAACGAAAGUAUUGCAUUCACACCAGGUGAGGCAGGAAAACAAACUUAGAAAUGGAUAACGAUGUCGUCACGCAGACGGACGACUGGAGGAACACUAAAGAGGCUGCUGCGAGGUUUCGCCAGCUGCUGCUUUGCUCGAAAUGCUCGAAUUUAAUGAGUGAACCAGUGUGUCUGGGUAUGUGUGAACAUAUGCUGUGCAGGUCCUGUGCUGGCCCCCAGGCAGGAGAUGGCUGCGUCGUGUGUCACAGCCCUGCGUGGGUGAAGGACAUUCAAAUCAACAGGCAGCUGAGCAGCAUUAUACAGCUCUUCUGUGGUUUGGAGUCCCUACUCAAUCCCAUGGACCAAGCAGAUUCCUCUGUGGCUGAGAUCCAUUCGCAACCCGAGAGCCCAAUCUUGAAACACAAGAAAAGCGUCAAGAUUUGGUUUAGCCCCCGCAGUCGAAAGGUACGCUGCACAGUGGAGAAAUCUUCAGAGGUCACCUUACCAGACAGCAGGUCUUCUGGAGAAACAGCUGCUGCACAGCCAGACACCAUUACUGCUCAACAACAGGACCUGUCAGUUUUCAAUUUCACCUCAUCCUCUCAAGACUCUGGCUCUUCUUCUCAAAGAUGCAACAGUGGGAACACACAGCGGACGAAGAGGUCAACAAAAAAAAAGGCUGCCAGCAGGAAGGCCAAGGUGCAAGGACCCACUCGGACCACACAAAGGCCGACCAAACAGAAGAUAAAGAAGCAGGAGAGGCUGGAGACCAUAAAUAAGCAAUGGGGAAUCUCCGAGGAAGAAGAUGCCUUAAAGGGAAUGGAGCAGCACUGUGCAGAAGGGACAAAGAGGUCGAGUAAAAGGGUUUCAUUCCAAAGCCCUACUGUCAUCGCUGACGAGCCUCAGCCUGAAGUGCCACAGGAGAAUACGAAUGACCUCAGCUCUGGCAGGAGCACCAUGAUGGAAAGCCCCACUGGAGCCAGCACCACUGAAAUAAAUUACCAAGCAUCAGCUGAUCAAAGCAUGUCAGACAGUGUCAUCCAGCAAAAGACGCCGUCUGCGGAUGACCUCGAGCCAAACGGUGAUCCUGAAAAACAGGGCAAUGUUUCUCCCUUAAAGCGUUCCGCAAAAAGAACUACGGUGGCAGAGAAACACGGCAACCUGGAGACCACACCAAAAAGACCAAGGGCUUCCCCUGGUGGAAGGAGAAAAUCUCCAGGUGGGAUAUCGCCUGUGGUCCAUAACCCUCGAUUGUUGACUAGUCCCAGAGAUGGAAAGAGCAACAAAAUAUGCAGAGGAGAGCAGAGCCCCUCAUUUGGUAGAAAAUCCCUCUCCCCUCUCGGAAGACCCAGCACAGGAAGUCCUGCAGUUAUGAAGAGGAACCACAAGGGCGAGACCCUCCUGCAUCUAGCUGCGAUAAAGGGAGAUGUAGAAGCUGUCAAACAACUGCUGGACCAGGGAGCAGACCCCAACCUGAAGGACAAUGCUGGGUGGACCCCGCUGCAUGAGGCAUGUAACCUGGGUCACAUAGCAGUUGUAGAGGCAUUGAUCUCAAACGGAGCCCUGUUGAACACGCCUGGCUAUGAAAAUGACUCUCCUCUGCAUGAUGCCGUAAGGAAUGGACAUUCAGCCAUCGUCAAACUGUUGCUGCAGCUGGGAGCCUCUCAGAAUGUGCUUAAUCUGUAUGGAAAACGUCCUGCAGACUGUGCAGCGAGUCUUGAGAUGAUGAAGAUUUUCCGAGAAGCCACAGAGGGAACCCAAAAUGCAAAUGCUUCUUUUAGCCCCUCAGCCAGUCUCUCUGUGAUGAGUGACUGUGUGAGGAGUAAUGAAAUGGUGGUGUUCCUGCCCAGCAAGUUGCCUCGGCCAGCCCAGGUUCAACUGGACAAACUGGGGCAGCUAAUGGGAGGAAGAAGGGCUGACACCUUUUCUGGUUCAGUGAGCCACGUUGUGGUGCCAGAAGGACACAUGCCCACCACCUACUCCACCCUCCUGGGUAUUCUUGCUGGCUGCUGGGUUGUCAGAUUCAGCUGGGUGGCGGCGUGUCUGCAGGCAGGCGAUUGGAUGCCCGAAACAGAGCAUGAAGCGGGUGAAGGUCCCCAGCGUAGUCGCAUCAACAGAUUGAGCUUGCUUCCUCCACUCUUCGAUGGCUGUUUCUUCUUCCUCCUGGGCUCCUUUAAGGCUCCUACCAAGGACGAGCUCACUAAGCUGCUACGAGAGGGUGGAGGUCAACUCCUGAGCCGAAAGCCUAAGCCUGACAGUGAUGUGACACAAACCCUGAGUGCUGCUGCCUAUCAUGCCCUGCCAGGUUCUGACCAGGCCCUCUGCACCCAGUACAUCAUUUUUGACCCCCAGGGUCCCCACAAACCCAGAGUGGUCAGACGAGGCAAGGUAUGGUCCGCACCCUCCACAUGGAUUAUUGAAUGCAUCGCAGCCUUCCAGCUCCUCCCUGUACCAGAACCACAAACACUGGUCUAAACACCAUUUUAGUCAUUAUGUCUGGGAUUGCUUUUUAAAUAUCGACUGAUUAAGCUGACACAAAUCAAAAUGCAAACAAAAACUCAAAGAAUAAACUGGUCAUUA